AUGCACCGAAAUACGUGCGAGAACCGACAACAUUUCUAUCCGUUCAAGAGCCAGCCAGCGCAUGGACACGACUUGAAUAUCGACUUUCCAAUCGCGAAUAGACACGAUGGCCCCCGGCAUGCCGACACAAUGGAUCGGCAUCACGCAGCGGCCUACUAUAAUGCGUCCACACGAGCUCCGGUGUCGCUCAGUCGAAACUCCUCUGGCGGACACGUCAAGAACACAAUAGUCCAGCCGCACAAUACGCACGAAAUGCCGACUAAACAAGGUCGCGAUCUGGCAUUCGACCAGGGUCACGUUGGUGCUUAUCAUGUUGAUCGAAGGGUGACAGCACAUAAAGCACACCGACUUGGAGGAAGUGACGUUCCGAAGAAAAAGUUUGACCCCCCACGCGGAGUGGAAAAGUUAAUCCGUCGAGGUCAUGGUGUACUUACUGUCAUUUAUGUCACUGCAGAGGUACUCUAUUCUGCCGGCUAA